ACAUCCACAAGAAGACGUGCAUUAGCAAGAGCGGCUUUACGACACCUUCGAGAAAUAGUAGCUCGCGCGGCGCUCAAGAUAGAAGACGCUAUGCUAAUGUUCGACAAACAAACGAAUCGGCAUCGAGGUUUUGGAUUUGUCACAUUUCAAAGUGAAGACGUAGUAGACAAAGUUUGUGAAAUUCACUUUCAUGAAAUAAACAACAAAAUGGUGGAAUGCAAAAAGGCCCAGCCGAAAGAAGUGAUGCUUCCCGCCAACUUGGCCAAGACAAGAGCCGCAGGCCGCGGCGCAUACGAUUUCAUGUGGUCUCUUGGAGCACUUCCUGACGGUUUUCCGGCAGCCGCAUAUGCGGCAUACGCCGCGGGUAGAGGUUAUUCGGGCUAUCCUAGUUUCGGACUGCCGUACCCAGCAGGUAAUGCCUUGGCCAACUUGCACCACCACCCCUUGCCGCUGCUCCCCUAUCCCCAUCUCGAGCAUCUCGGUGCCGUGUACGGUGGUGGAGCAGCGGCCAGUCUGCAUGCCAUGCCCCUGUGAAUCCUUGCCGCUCGGUUUGGUGCAGGGUAAUUUUAAUAAUGGGGUUCUUAAUCAAAAUGAGACCUAAUAAUAACACACUUUAAUUUCAAUCACCACGUUUCCUCACAAAUAAUAAAACGCAGCUACUUAUUUACUUCGAUAUCACUUUUUCACUCAAGUCACUUAAUGACGAUACCAAAAAAUGUUUAUGAGAAUUACAAAUUGACGUAACUCCCAUUUAAGUAUAAAAAUUGGGGUAGCACAGAAAAAGAUGACUAUUUUUUAAAUCUAUUAGUUUAUUAUAAUUAAAGAACGCUAUCAAAAUAUUAGACACUUUUUGGGGGUGCUUUUGUUUUUAUAUUAAAAUAGAUGUUUAUACGUAGCCUCUCAAUAUCUCAUUACAAUAUGGAUUACAAGUGAAAAAUCCCUCUUAAUUUAGAUAUUUGAAGAUUAUUCAAAAACAUCAAAAGUGUUGAUAAAAAUUUUAAAUUCUUGAACGACUUUCAAGAAUUCAUAUUUCUACCUAAAAAUUCAAUGGGGUUGAAUUUAAUUUUGUUGAAUGUCUAAUCAUUUAUAGUGACGAAAGAAGAGAAAAAUUACUAAUUACUACUUCUAAAAUGUGCUUAAUUGUACUAUUUUUUUGGAAGCGUUCAAUAGUCGCAAUAAACUAGGAAAUAGAUAAAAAAAAUUGUCAUAUUUUGCGCCACCCUUUGUCAAUGUGCGUUAAAAGAACGUAUACAACAGGUGAAGUCUAUCUUAUAUUUCUAGUGAUGCGGUUUUGAUAUAAUACUUCGUGACUGUAUAUACAUCAGUCAGCACACUAACUGCAUUUAAAUGUACAUUUAUAUUACGUUAAUUUAGUCAAUUUAAUACAAUUAUUAUAAUUGGGCUGUGAAAAUAAACUUUGAAGUUAAAAGAAAAAGAAAACAUCGAAGAAAUUUUUAAUGCGACGCGGUGGUCGCACAAAAUUUUAACAAUGUAAAUUAAAUAAUGCAAUAAAUCGCACGUAUUGUUAUUAAUUCUGUAUUUUUACAUUCCUGUACCGUUCCGUUAAACAAAAUUUCUUUUAGCAGAAUUAACAAAAACGAAACUGCUGAAUUACCAUUACAAAAUUAAGGACGAUUUAAAAACCGAAAUGUUUACUAUAAAAACUUAAAACUAAUAGUAAUUUUAGUAAGGGUUAUGUCUAAUAGUCAGUAUAUAAUGUAAAAGGUACCCCAAUAAAUGUGUAUGUAGGCAGGUUUUAGUAAGUGUUGAUAUCAU